ACGAGAUACACCCGGGACUUCGAAGAAUUUGGUAUCCUUGGCAAGGGUGGUUAUGGCACUGUGUUUCGAUGCAAGCACAACCUGGACGGCAGACAUUAUGCCAUCAAGAAGAUACCGCUGGGUCCGACGCGUAUGCGCAAGAUCCAGGAAAAUGGGCAGGCGGAGCUUGACCACAUACUCGUCGAAGUGCGCACGUUGGCACGCUUAGAGCAUCCGAAUAUUGUUCGGUAUCAUAGCGGAUGGAUUGAUACCAACCAACAACGACAUACCUCUUCAUCACCGUCUCUAGCGCUUCACAUACAAAUGUCGCUAUACAGCAUGACCCUCUCCGAUUUUCUCGCGCCAACCACAUAUCCCAUUGCCAGCGAUCACAUUUCAUCACUCCGCCACUGCUUCCAUGCGCACUCUUCGCUGGAGAUCCUUUCUUCAAUCAUUGAAGGAGUCGAGUAUCUGCAUUCAGAAGGAAUUGUCCAUCGCGAUCUCAAACCUGGCAACAUCUUCCUCGCCAUACGAGAGGGUUCGAAGCCCCCGCCCGGCGCCCUCUCACUACACAACUGUUGCUCUUGCGCAGGUCAAAACAUCCCCCGUCCUUUCAACAUCAGCAUUUGUAUUGGUGACUUUGGUCUUGUUUCCGCCAUUGCGAGACCAGAGGAUACACCUCCUUUGGUGGGUGCUUCUUGCAAGGCAGUAGGCACGGAGAUAUACCGUCCCUACACAGUGACGCGUGACAACUCACCAAGCCUGGAUGUCUACGCGUUGGGAAUUAUCGCUUUUGAAUUGUUGCAUCCCUUUGGCACCAGGAUGGAAAGGCAUGAGAUGUUGCAUGAACUCAAGAAAGGCAGACUUCCCGAUGGGUUG